AAACAAACGAGUGUUUAUCACAAUUUAUUGAUCAUAAUAUCACUUCCAGAAUAUUCUACAUGUCAUAAACAUACAGGCCUAUUCUAAUAUAUGAAUAUACAACAAUCGAUUUUUAGCAGUAACACAUCCCAACACAAUAGAUAGAUAGAUGAUAUUCCACAUAAAAAAGAAUUGAUUAUUUUAAAUUACCCAUAUUACUUAAAUUUGAUCCUAUUCCACCAGACUUGUAUUUAUAAAUUUAGUUGAAAUAUUAAGACUGGAUCAUUAUUUAUUACAGUGACACUGAUUAAACUAUGGAGAAUCACUACUUAAAUUUGAACGAAGCAAAGUCAUAUUUAAAUAAUUCUACCCCGUUAACAAAAAGUAUACAAACUAUUAUAAAAGAAGAAGAUAAUUGUAAUGUCAAUGAUAAUAACAACCAAAAUUCAGAAAUAAUUUCUGUCAGUUCUGAUAUUAGCAGCAGUGGUCCUGUUGAUUACUUCACUGUUGCAGAGACCGAUGAAUUUUCUGAGAUUAUGAAGCAGGACACCAUGUUGACUUCAUACUUAAUCUCCAAUCAGGAGAAUAUUGAGAGGAAAGAGUGUUCUGAGAGGGAGAUUACUUACAAUCUGUUAUUACGUAGACUAGUUGAUGAAUAUCUCGACAGAAAAAUCACUUACUCACACCAACCAAAGUAUAUACUAGAUAUUCUAAAAUGCGUACUGGAGAGGAAUUUCCCUGAAUUCAGUGAUUCAUUUCAUCGUGAAAGAAUAUGCGCUUAUCUGAAAGCAUGCAGACGUAACGCCAAAAGAAGGAAUGGUGAACCGUAUGUGAGAAUGAGUGCACGUUAUCUAAGUUCUGGAAAGGCAUCCAGUUUGGCUGAAACUAUUUACCUGAAAGAGCAAAGUUAUUUAAACAAUAUGAUUUCAAACACAGAAAACAAUAAGUUGAUUGGGCAAGCAGCACCGAUGGUUGGUUGUCGUGAGACCACUGAAAAAGAGAUUAAAAACACAAACAAGCUGAUUCGUCAUCAAUCACAAUUACAUAAAUUUCAUCUCCAACAGGUUGACCCACAAAUAACCACUCACACAAUGAGCUAUAAUGAUGACAAUAUGAAAAUUAACAACAGUCAUGAUUUUCCUGUAAAUUCUGACGAAGAGAUUCCUACUUCAUUGAAUUCUGUUUCUCAACAAGCAAGUGAAUUUAUUAAUAUCUGACUAUUUAAUUAUGAUGUACAGCAUAUAGAUGGGACUGUAUUUGUGAAAUUAUUAGAGCAAACAGCUGAAUUUCUCCAAAUAAUAGCCAAUCGUCUAGAUGCUGGUCAAGAAACGUUCUCCUAAAAUAAACUUGAUAAUGUCGAAUCAUAAAC